UUUAGUGGCGGGAGGGCGCUACUUGCGAUCGAGUGUACAAGGGGUUUGUGAACGAAAUUGGCCCUCUUCGUGGACUCGGCGAAUUACUUUUCUAUUGUAUAACGCGAGGGACAAUACGCGGAAAGUGAUUCGUGCAUCAAUUACAAAUUCGACAACAAUGUCGUUAAGAAAACGACGUUCUGCAUUUAUUUAAAUAUCGUCGAUGUACACUCUCGUCGCUGACCUGGAGACCGGCGACAGAAGCCAUGCCGCAGCACAACCCCUUUCAAAAGAGGUUGAUGACAAUGACAGCGACGAAACGUCAUCGUCUUGUCAGCUAGGGAACGCCGAUAGCAAGCCCAGCACGAUGGCGGGUGAGGAGGGUGCGCUGAGUGGCGGACUCGGGGCGAAAUUAAAAUGUCCGACCCCUAUAUCACGCUUGAGGGUGGAGAAGAUCGAGGGUGGACUGAUGGUAGCUGGGGUUGUAAUAGCUGCGAACUGCCAGAUUGCUCUUCCGGCAUUCGGCUUCCUCUUUAUGCUCGUCGGCGCUGUACUCACCGGUGAUCGAACUCGACGAUGGCAAUGGAGCGUUUAUGUCACGAGAAGGAAAAAGAAGAAAGAAGAAGAAGAAGAAGGUGGAGGGGAGGAAAGGAAGAAGAGGGAAGGUGUGGAAGAAGAAACGAAGGAGGAAAGAAGAUUCGCUAACGGGCAACAGCUGGUCGUUUACUCGUUUGGCCACGGUUUCUUGGAUACAGCUGCGUCGUAUCGUGGGCCCGGGGAGGACGAGGACAAGGACUCGUACGCGGCCAGAAUCGCGUUCACAGGGAAUUCGCGGAUCCUUGGACCGAUUUGUAUAGUGGUGGGCGCCCUUAUGCUCGGCCUGGGCGUGCUGCUCUGCAUGCUCACCAGAAGGGCGAGAAGAAGGGAGCGCAGAGUGGGCUUCCAUUGCCCUCUUCACGGCGAUUUUUAUCCCGUUAGCCCUGUCCAAGGUGUCAAGAUGCUCGGAUUGUCGGGGAAAAACGUUAGUGGCUGGUCGAAAAUCCCUUGUCUAAAAGGGCGUUCCUCGAGCAAAGGGAGCGCAUCCUCUGGCGGGCACGUCGGCCCUCCGCAAUGUCCACACUCGGUGUUGAGCAGCACUCGUAGCUCGGUGAGCAGUUCGCCAUUGAGCCCGUGCCCGACACCGAUGCCAUUCUUGGUCACCUCAGGCUCGGUCAGUAGCGGGAUGGUGCAAAGUGUCGGUGCUAAUUUAUCCCCGGACCAAACAUUCGGAUCGAUUCGAUCGCUGUCAGUUACGAGAGAAGUGGCCAGUUUCCCUCUGUCGAGAACGCCUACGCCGCCUCCGCAACACAGAUCAUCCACGCUGACAAAUCCAGAGGACCUAGUAAAUGUCGGAAGUCCCCUGAGGGAAGCAUCGCCGCGGCCGGAAGUACGGGUGGUUGCACCUGCACAUCGACCUCCCUCUGUCCUUGCGACGGUCAACAACACGAACAACACGAACAACGGAUCUGCGAAUCGCAAAUCGGUCAGCAUACUGCUUCCCGAACACUCGAGUGGAUGACCCCAACAGCAACACGGCUUUGUUCAUCGUUGCGACAAGGACCCUCCAACGAUUUAGGAAUCCAACGGAAACGAAACGACGAAGGAUAGAAGCAACGAUGACGAGGCUCGAUUGCGCGACGAACGAGAUACGAGAUAUUCGUCGGACAAUCGGCGAACAUCGGCGGACAUCGGCAAACAUCGGCGUCGCCAGCCGAAUCUAGCCGAAUUUAGCCGAGCCGCGACGAUGAUUUCGAGAGCGAUUUAUUACGGGCAUUCGUUCUUGGCAGCCAGAUCUCUGAAAAAGUGGUCCAUCGAUAUUCGUGACUAAUGUAAAUUAAACGAAAUAGACAGGCGAAGUUAAUUCACGCUAUUGGCAAACAUUCAAUUAUCGGUUUCGCCCCGCCAGCCAGGAAUUGCUGGAUAAUUCACGCUGCCGGAGCGAUAGCCGAGUAAAAACGAGCCGUUCGUCUGUAAUUGCUUUAAAACUGACUAAUUCAUUCGCGUUAUAUCUCAUAGAAUGUCUUGUUUUGUUUUUUCGUAUUAAGCGUAUUACUGCUCUGUCACCGUAUGCACGUGCUUCGAAAGAGAAAUGUAUUGAGGAUUCUUGUAAGGAUAAUAUGUUCGUGUCUGAUGAUGAAAACUUUCUUUACUUUCUUCGAUGAACGAGACGUGGAAAGAUUUGCGGAAACGUAACAACUUUGAACUUCCAAUUAAAUCGUUGUAUUAUUCCCAAGAUCCAGUGGAAGCUCAAAUUCUUUGUAGCGUAUCUUGAGAGUAAUAGCUUGUCGAAUCUUGCACGGUCUGAUAUCGUAUAAUGUUAAGAAAUAUAAUCCUGCCAUGCGAGAAGGUGAUUUCUUAUCUCUUCUUCUUUUGCAAAAAUAUUUCUUUUUAUUUAAGUUGCAUUUAUUUCGCUAUUUCAGAAGUGGAAACAGUGUGAUCGAUACAAGAAGUUGAAUGAAAUGAACGUGCAAGAGAUUCAAAUUAUAUAACAUCGUAUCGAAACAAUAUAUAGGAUACAUCGGAGUGGAACCAUAUCUGCAGUGGAUUCUAUAUAUGAAAACAAUAAAAAAAAA